CGUUCUCGCGCUCAACGAUUUUCCAAUUGCCCGUGAGCGACGCUUGAUCGGGCCACACACGUACGCAAGGUGUAGCAUUUACGUGCGCUCCGGGCCCCGAGAAAAAUGCCGCGCACGGAGAUUACCAUCGCUCUUGUGAUGCUGAGCCGUUGGCUGAUGUUGGCGAUCGACGCCAACGCGACCGGUUGGCCCACGGGUAAAGACGACCCCGGCGGCGACAUACUCGACCUCUGCCAAAGUCCGGUAUAUUGUCAAGGUGAACUACUUAAAACUGUUCAAAUGGCAGCCAUUUACAAAGACAGCAAGACUUUUGUCGAUCUUUACCAGAAGAAUGAUGAAAACAUUACAAUCGCGAAUUUCGAGGCUUUGAUGAAAGCGACGGACAACAGCCCGAGCAAAGAGGACGUGAGGAAAUUCGUGGAGGAGAAUUUCCUCGAGACGAACGAGCUGCUGAACGCCACUUUGCUAGAUUGGCGGCCCAAGCCAAAGAUUCUCGGGCGUAUAAGAGACGCGAAAUACCGGGAAUGGGCGGCCAAUCUCAACGAGAUCUGGAAAAGUUUGGCUAGGCGAAUGACCACCGAUGUUAGGGAUAAUCCCAACAGGCACAGCCUCAUCUACGUUAACAACACCUUCGUCAUUCCCGGUGGACGAUUUAAAGAAUUCUACUAUUGGGAUAGUUACUGGGUGAUCGAGGGCUUACUGUUGAGCGAUAUGCAGAAAACUACAAAGGGAAUCAUUGAUAAUUUCCUAUCGAUAGUUAAAACCUACGGUUUCAUACCAAACGGCGGUCGAGUUUACUAUCUUAUGAGAAGUCAACCUCCACUACUAAUUUCUAUGGUGGACAAGUAUUAUGAAGUUACAAAAGAUUGGGACUUUGUAGAUAAGAACUUGGCUACUUUGGAGAAAGAAUUCAACUUUUGGCAGCGUUAUAAAUCUAUUAAGGUGAUUAAAAACGGCCGAGAAUACGUGCUGGCACGUUAUGUUACUAAUAGUGAAGGUCCGCGUCCGGAAAGUUAUCGGGAGGACUAUCUCCUAGCAACGAAUAUUCGCGAGGACUCUAAAAGACGCAAAUUCUACAACAAUGUGAAGGCGGGAGCGGAGAGCGGCUGGGACUUUUCGGCGCGUUGGUUUGUCGGUAAGAAUGGUGAGGCCUCGCUCGACCUCGCCGACAUCGCCACCGAAGACAUCCUACCGGUGGACCUCAAUGCCUUCCUUGAAAGAAAUGCAAGAAUAUUAGCUAGAUUUUAUCGAAAGAAGGACAACCCCAUGAAAAUGAAACUCUACACGGGAAUCGCCAAGAAAUACCGAGAGGCGAUCGAGGCUAUCCUAUGGAACGAGCAGGACGGAAUAUGGUACGACUAUAAUAUAAAACAUCAAAAACCACGAGCACUCUUUUAUCCAUCCAAUUUGACGCCCCUUUAUACCAUGAGCUAUAACUGGGCACUGGCCCCAGUUUAUGGUCAUCGAGCUGUUCAAUAUUUACAAGCUAACGGAAUCACUGAUUACGCUGGCGGAACCCCGGCAUCGCUAGACAAAAGUGGCCAGCAGUGGGACUUUCCAAAUGCCUGGCCACCACUACAGUCCAUCAUUGUUCAAGGACUACGUCAAACUAAUUACACGCCUGCGAUGAACGUUGCACGAAAUUUAGCAACUACGUGGCUGAAAUCGAAUUUUUUAGGAUUCAAUGAGUCGAAGAAGAUGUAUGAGAAGUACGAUGCAACGCAGCCGGGACGUUUCGGCGGUGGUGGCGAGUACGACGUCCAGGAUGGAUUUGGUUGGACGAACGGCGUCGUCCUCCAGUUCCUCGACACCUACCCCUCGGCCCGAUACGAAUUCGAAGCCGACCGACAUUCGGAGAUGACAAACGUUAUCCAUGUUCAUGCCAGAAUAGGACUUGGACACAACACGUCAUCACAUCAUGUACGACCAAUUUUGAAAUCCAUUUGGAGUCAUUACUGUAAAUAACAAGCUCGUUGAAGCAGAACAAAAUUCGUCAUCACACUAAGAAAGUAUUUUGAAAUGUGUCCGAUGGAUUAAAAUGAAAUACGAUAGAUAUUUUAGUAUUAUUUAUUCUAUUAAACAUUAUUAUUUUAAAGAAACCGUCUAGUCUCAGACAAGAUUUCUUCUUAAUAUGUAAUUACAAUACAGAAUAUUACAUACACAUGCCGGCGCACCCACUCGCGUAUUUACGUAUAUAAUAUUUUUGAAAGCGAGAUAUUGAUUAUUUUUCUUUUAUGUGUUUUAUAAUUAUUUCUAUAAAGAGGAGAUAAAUAUCAUACAAAAUGUUAUCUCCAUCGUUCUCCAUUGUGAAAUCCCAGUUGAAAAAAGUCCUUCAGUACAACAUUAAAUGUCAGAUUGACAAAUCCCUGAACCUUCAUUCUUGUCACUGUAAAAUAUAAAAGUUAUUAAUGAAAAAAAAUUGUAAACAUAUUAAAAACU